AUGAGCAAGUACGCGAACUUGCCAGAUAUUGAUACUGCACCGGACAUCUAUGAGACCGAGGACGUCUUUCCCACCACCACCGCCAAAGACGACUACAGCGAUGACGAGUCCGGUCUCCCGACGCGCGGUGCACGCGGCAAGAACGAGCUACCAAGUAAGGAAGAGCUGGAUGGCGCGCAUCUAAUCGACGCGGACGAAGCGAGCAGACUGUUCAAACGCGCGGAGAGGAGACGUCCCAAGACAAAAGGCAUCUACUCUUAUCCGCGCUCGCACUCUCCGUCGCCUUCAUCGUCUAAGCCACCACCACUUUCCCUUCGCCUUAAACAGCUCCAAGCAGAACUUGUAUCUCUGGAGAGCGAGCUCGCCGACCCUGCCAGUCUUCAGGAUGAUCAAACGGAUGGUCCAGUUGACCCCGCAGAGCUCAUCCGCGGCUUGGUCGACGUUAAGAGCCGGCUGGAGAAGAUCUCGCACGCCCGAAAUAAGCGGAUGAGGCUUGUGCAGGGCGUGAUACAGGAUGGAGAGGCGAAAGAAGAGGCGCAGGACGCGAAGAAGGAUGCUGUGGGUGAGGAGAAGCCCGAAGAUACACAAGAGAAGGGCCCGGCGAGGGAUGCAGCUGAGAUUGACAGGCGGGUGGGUGAGCUGGAGAAAGUUGUUGGUUCUGGUAGCACUUCACUGGACGAGACAUCACCCAUGCCACAGCCACUUCUUCCCCUCUUGACGCGUUUGAGCACUCAGCUCAACGUCCUGACCCAGCCGAGGCAUCUAGACAACAUAUCUCGACGCCUCAAGCUUCUCUUGACCGAUCUCGACCGUUUAUCCGCUUCGAACAAACACCAACGACAACUCUCCACGAACGACCCCUCCGCAGGACCCGCCGCACCUUCUGCGAUUCAGGACCAACUGGCACCGUUACUCACACGUCUUGUACCAAUGUUGCCCCACAUCCCCCACAUCCUCGCUCGGUUGCGCACGCUCUCUGCACUUCAUACCUCUGCCGCAGACUUCUCUCGCACGCUUGAUGGGCUCGAAGAGGACCAGAGACGCGUACGGGAUCUGCUCGGAGAGUUGGAGCGCGCGGUGGGCAGUGUGGAAGGCAGUCUGAAAGAGAACGGGGAGGUCGUCAAGAAGAAUGUUGCUGGAUUGGAGGACAGGAUAUCGCAGUUGACUGAGCGACUUGACAAGUUGCAGACUUUCUAA